AUGUCUUUCUUUCUUUCUUUCUUUAUUUUGACCUUUCAUUUAUUACACACCAUUGAUUCAAUCAUUUCAAAAAUCACGCGUCCUUUUCUUUCUUUCCAUCUUGUCGAUUUCAUUUCUUUUUUCUUUCUUACACAUUUUUGGGCAAGUCUUAAGAGAAAAGAAAAGGAAAUUUCUUUCUUAGGGUUUCUUUAUGGAACUUUCUUUCUUUCUUUCGUAGGAAAAAGUGAAGGAUACAUCUUGUUCAUUUUCUUGCACUUGCUUUUAAUCAUUCUUUUAUAUUUUUUUCACAUAUUUUCCGUAUUUUCCUUCCGUGGUUUAUUUUCCUCUUUCUUAUUAUGCCCGUAUUUUAAAAGGAUAUUAUUUCUUUUUUUCUUUGUUUCUUUUCUUUUUACUUUCCUUUUUUUCUUUCAUUUUGAUCUCUUCCAGGUGUAUUCUUGCAGCUCUUCCUUUUUUUCAUUUUUUAUUCUUUUCUUUGUUUUCUCUUCUUGCAUUCAUAAUGAAAUCAUUCUUUUAUAUUUUUCUUCACUUUAUUUUCUUUAUUUUUCUUUCCGUCUUUUAUUUUCUUUCUUUCUUUUUCUUUUUUACUUAUUAUUGUGUCUUUCAAGCAUCCCUUUCUUUCUUUCUUUUCUUUCUUUCUUUCUUUCUUUCUUUCUUUCCUCCUUCUUUUUUUUUGUUUCUGUCCGUCUUUCAAAAAUCUUGUUCUUUCUUUCUUUCUUUUUUUUCUUUUCUUUUUUCUUUCUUUUCUUUUUUCUUUCUUUUUUUUUCUUAUCAUGCCCGUCUUUAAAAAAUCUUGUUUUUUCUUUCUUUCUUUUCUUUCUUUCUUUCUUUCUUUCUUACCAUGCCCGUCUUUCAAAAUCUUGUUCUUUCUUUCUUUCUUUCUUUCUUUCUUUUCUUUUUUUCUUUCUUUUCUUUUUUCUUUCUUUCUUAACACUAUGCCCGUAUUUCAACAUUUGUUCUUUCUUUCUUUCUUUUUCUUUCUUUUUUAACAUGCCCGUUUUUCAAAAUCUUUUCUUUCUUUCUUUCUUUCUUUUCUUUCUUUCUUUCUUUCUUUCUUUCUUUUCGUACCAUGCCCGUCUUUUCAACAUCUUGUUCUUUUUCUUUCUUUCUUUUCUUUCUUUCUUUUCUUUCUUUCUUUCUUUCUUUCGUACAAUGCCCGACUUUCUUUCCUUCUUUUUUUCUUUCUUUCUUUCUUUAUUACCAUGCCUGUCUUUCAAAAUCUUGUUCUUUCUUUUUCUUUCUUUCUUUUUUUUCUUUCUUUCUUUUUUCUUCUUUUCUUGCCUUUCUUUCAACAUCAUGCCUUCUUUCUUUCAACUUUUUUCUUUCUUUUCUUUCUUUCUUUUCUUUCUUUCUUAUCAUUUUGUCUUUCUUUUCUUUUCUUUCUUUUCUUUUUUCUUUUCUUUCGUAGCAUGCCCGUCUUUCAAAAUCUUGUUCUUUCUUUCUUUCUUUCUUUCUUUCUUUCUUUCUUUCUUUCUUUCUUUAUUACCAUGCCCGUCUUUCAAAAUCUUGUUCUUUUUUUUUUCUUUCUUUCUUUUUCUUUCUUUUCUUUCUUUCUUUUUUUUUCUUGCUUUUCUUUCUUUCUUUCUUUUUUUCUUUCUUUUUUUUCUUUUCUUUCUUUUCUUUCGUACCAUGCCCUUCUUUUCUUUCUUUCUUUCUUUCUUUCUUUCUUUUUUUCUUUCUUUCUUUUUUCUGUAUUUCCCGUCUUUUCUUUCUUUCUUCUUUCUUUCUUUCUUUUUUUUUCUUUCCAUUCUUUUCUUUUUCUUUCAAAAUUUUUUUCUUUAUUUCUUACCAUGCCCGUCUUUAUUUUUUUCUUUCUUUUUUUUUUUUCUUUUCUUUCUUUCUUUAUUAGCAUGCCCGUCUUUCAAAAUCUUGUUCUUUCUUUCUUUCUUUCUUUCUUUCUUUUCUUUUUCUGUACUAUGCCCGUCUUUCAAAAUCUUGUUCUUUCUUUCUUUUUUCUUUCUUUUUUCUUUCUUUUUCUUUCGUACCAUGCCCGUCUUUCAAAAAAUCUUGUUCUUUUCUUUUUUUUCUUUUCUUUCUUUUUUUCUUUUUUUUUUCUUUCUUUCUUUCUUUCUUUCUUUCUUUCUUUCUAUGCCCGUCUUUCAACAUCUUGUUCUUUCUUUCUUUCAUUCUUUGUUUGUUUGUUUGUUUCUUUGUUUCUUUGUUUGUUUCUUUCUUUCUUUCUUUCUUUCUUUCUUUCUUUCUUUCGUACCAUGCCCCAUGCCCGUCUUUCAAAAUCUUGUUCUUUCUUUCUUUCUUUCUUUCUUUCUUUCUUUCUUUCUUUCUUUUCUUUCUUUCUUUCUUUUCGUACUAUGUCCGUCUUUCAACAUCUUGUUCUUUCUUUCUUUCUUUCUUUCUUUCUUUCUUUCUUUCUUUCUUUCUUUCUUACCAUGCCCGUCUUUCUUUCUUUCUUUCUUUUUUUUCUUUCCUUCUUUCUUUCGUAGCAUACCCGUCUUUUCAAAAUCUUAUUUCUUUCUUUCUUCUUUUCUUUUAUUUCUUUUCUUUCUUUCUUUUACUAUGCCCGUCUUUCAACAUCUUGUUCUUUUCUUUCUUUCUUUCUUUCUUUCUUUCUUUCUUUCCUUACCAUUCUUUUCUUUCUUUCUUUCUUUCUUUUUUUUCAUUUUUCUUUCUUUCGUAGCAUGCUUGUCUUUCAAAAAUUUGUUCUUUCUUUCUUUCUUUCUUUCUUUCUUUCUUUCUUACCAUGCCCGUCUUUCAAAAUCUUGUUCUUUCUUUCUUUCUUUCUUUCUUUCUUUCUUUCUUUUCUUUUCAAAAUGCCUGUCUUCUUUCUUUCUUUCUUUUUUUUCUUUCCUUCUUUCUUUCGUAGCAUGCCCGUCUUUCAAAAUCUUGUUCUUUCUUUCUUUCUUUCUUUCUUUCUUUCUUUCUUUCGUACCAUGUCCGUCUUUCAAAAUCUUGUUCUUUCUUUCUUUCUUUCUUUCUUUCUUUCUUUCUUUCUUUCUUUUGUUCUUUGUUUGUUUUUCAAAAUCUUGUUUUGUUUCUUUCUUUCUUUCUUUCUUUCGUACCAUGCUCGUCUUUCAAAAUCUUGUUCUUUCUUUCUUUCUCUCUUUCUUUCUUUCUUUCUUUCUUUCUUUCUUUCUGUUUCUCGAUUUUAAAGGCAAUUAUUUACCUCUUCAUUUCACCCUUCUCCCUUUUACAUUACUUCUUGUCUUCCUCUCCUCCUCGUCUGUAACUACACCAGAGUUUCAAAUAUAUCUAUCUAUCUAUCUAUCUAUCUAUCUAUCUAUCUAUCUAUCUAUCUAUCCGUUAGUUCACAUUAUCUAUCUAUCUAUCUAUCUAUCUAUCUAUCUAUCUAUCUAUCUAUCUAUUAGUUCACAUUAUCUAUCUAUCUAUCUAUCUAUCUAUCUAUCAUCCGUUAGUUCACAUCUAUCUAUCUAUCUAUCUAUCUAUCUAUCUAUCUAUCUAUUAGUUCACAUUAUCUAUCUAUCUAUCUAUCUAUCUAUCUAUCCGUUAGUUCACAUCUAUCUAUCUAUCUAUCUAUCUAUCUAUCUAUCUAUCUAUCUAUCUAUUAGUUCACAUUAUCUAUCUAUCUAUCUAUCUAUCUAUCUAUCUCAGCGUGUACACCACUUAACUAUUUUGCAAUCUAUCUAUCUAUCUAUCUAUCUAUCUAUCUAUCUAUCUAUCUAUCUAUCUCAGUGUUUUCACUAUCUAUCUAUCUAUCUAUCUAUCUAUCUAUCUAUCUAUCUAUCUAUCUAUCUAUGUCGAUAUGUUCAUAUUUACCUAAUUAUCUCUGUCUCUCUAUAUAUUUAUAAUUAUAUUUAUCUGUCAAUAAAUUCAUAUCUAUCUAUCUAUCUAUCUAUCUAUCUAUCUAUCUAUCUAUCUAUCUAUCUAUCUAUCACAGUCAGUUUCUAUCUAUCUAUCUAUCUAUCUAUCUAUCUAUCUAUCUAUCUAUAUUCAUAUCUAUCUCAUUCUCUCUUUAUCUAUUUAUCUAUCUAUCUAUCUAUCUAUCUAUCUAUCUAUCUAUGUCGAUAUGUUCAUAUUUACCUCAUUAUCUCUCUCUCUCUCUCUAUAUUCAUAUCUAUCUAUCUAUCUAUCUAUCUAUCUAUCUAUCUAUCUUAUCACUAG